UGUCAUGUGAUCGAUCGUCGUUCGUGCGCGUGACAGUCUUAGGGCACUGUCGUCACAUAUAAAACGUAGGCAACGAUAAGCUCCUGCCUUCCCCUCCUACCCUCCCCUCUCAAACCACCACCACCACCACCACGCACGCGUAUCGAUGGCAGGAACGUCACGAAAUAUAAAUUGUAGGCAGAGAUCGAUAUACCUUUCUCCCUCCCUCCAUCCCUCCCUCUUUGACUGUCUGCGAUGGCCACCUGCUGCAACUUCCUCGACAACAACUUCACUGUGCGCCAUCACUUUCAUAGACAAACCAUACACCCGGCACACAAAUACGGACAGAUCAUAGACACACACACACAUCACACACACACACGAAGGCAUCGCCCCUAACUAGGGGAAAAUGCGGCAUUGAGUCCAUUGACCGAGUCGGACAGAUCAUACACACACACACACACACACACAUCACACACAUCACACAGCACAGCCAUCCAGACGGGUCACAUCCAUCCAUCCAUCCAUCCAUCACAUACAUACCACAGGCAGCCAUCCAUCUCUCUCUCAUCCCCCAUCAUGCAGCCGUCCACUGACCGUGAACCCAUCCCAUCACAUCCCAUCCACGAGUCAUCAGAUGCCAUCACGACAGCCAAGUGUAUGCAGAUCGAUGUGCUGUACGCCACACACAGACACGCUCCCCAGCUGACCACAUCAUGUAGCCACACAGACGCACCGUCCGGCCAUCCACCCCGCGAUGCAGGCAAGUUGUGUGUGUAGACGAGCCGCCAGCCAAUCCAAACACACCACUACCACCUUAAGCACGCCGGGCCGACUGGCGGCUUAGAAGGGAUUUUGUCGCACGACAGUACACGCCUGCUGUUCUAUCGAGAGAGGGCAAAUCGAGAGACGGUGUCUUGGUCUGGUUGAUUGGAGAGAAAGGGUCUUGGUCUGGGAGGUGAGGGCGAGAUGGUCUAGUGACAGCUACUAUGGACGAAUGGAUCAACGGGAGAUUGUAGUGGCUGCAAGCAGAGACACAGCAGCCACACGUCAACAGAGGACACAAUCAGCCGUGACCAGGAUUUGGCAAGUUGUGCUCGUUCGUUAGGAAAACUGAUAGCGCGUACGGCAGGCCCAAGUAGAGCAACAGUGUGAAGGGCAAUGGCACACCCAUGGCAACAAAAUGCCUCAUGCCUUCAUCCCUACACAUCAUCCACGCACCAAACCAUCACCACACCCAAGAAACAUGACGCACGAAGCCACACUCAUAUGUACUCACCUGACGGAGGCGGAUUAUGCGAAAAGAAGGCGCGUGCGCACUCUGCAGGCGCCAGGCAGUCG